AUGAGCCGCCAUUUCUUAUACUACUGCAGUGAACCUACCCUGGAUGUGAAGAUUGCCUUUUGUCAGGGAUUCGGGAAACAAGUGGAUGUGUCAUAUAUUGCCAAAUAUUACAACAUGAGUAAAAGCAAAGUUGACAACCAGUUCUACAGUGUGGAAGUGGGCGACUCGACCUUCACAGUUCUCAAGCGCUACCAGAACUUAAAACCAAUUGGCUCUGGGGCUCAGGGAAUAGUUUGUGCUGCAUACGAUGCUGUUCUUGACAGAAAUGUGGCCAUCAAGAAGCUCAGCCGGCCGUUUCAAAAUCAAACACAUGCAAAGCGAGCUUAUAGGGAGCUAGUCCUCAUGAAGUGUGUGAAUCACAAAAAUAUUAUCAGUUUAUUAAAUGUCUUCACACCACAGAAAUCGCUGGAGGAGUUCCAGGAUGUGUAUUUAGUAAUGGAGCUGAUGGAUGCCAACUUGUGCCAGGUGAUCCAGAUGGAGCUUGACCAUGAGCGAAUGUCUUACCUCCUGUACCAAAUGCUUUGUGGGAUCAAGCACCUUCACUCAGCAGGAAUCAUUCACAGGGAUUUAAAACCAAGUAAUAUUGUGGUAAAAUCUGACUGCACAUUGAAGAUCCUGGAUUUCGGGCUGGCCAGGACUGCAGGCACUAGCUUCAUGAUGACUCCCUAUGUGGUCACACGUUAUUACAGAGCACCAGAAGUCAUCUUGGGAAUGGGCUACAAAGAGAAUGUUGACAUGUGGUCAGUAGGGUGCAUCAUGGGAGAAAUGAUUAAAGGUGCUGUGUUGUUUCCAGGCACUGAUCAUAUUGACCAGUGGAAUAAAGUAAUCGAACAGCUGGGAACACCAUGUCCGGAAUUCAUGAAGAAACUUCAGCCUACAGUGCGGAACUAUGUGGAAAACCGACCUAAAUAUGCUGGCCUCACAUUCCCCAAACUUUUUCCAGAUUCUCUCUUUCCAGCUGAUUCAGAACACAACAAACUCAAAGCUAGCCAAGCCAGGGACCUUUUGUCGAAGAUGCUAGUGAUUGACCCAGCCAAGCGGAUAUCCGUGGAUGAAGCCUUGCAGCAUCCAUACAUAAACGUCUGGUAUGACCCGGCAGAAGUGGAGGCGCCACCUCCACAGAUAUAUGAUAAGCAGCUGGAUGAAAGAGAACACACGAUUGAAGAGUGGAAAGAAUUAAUCUACAAGGAAGUAAUGAAUUCUGAAGAAAAGACUAAAAAUGGCGUAGUAAAAGGACAGCCUUCUCCCUCAGGUGCAGCAGUGAACAGCAGCGAAAGCCUCCCUCCAUCCUCCUCCGUCAACGACAUCUCCUCCAUGUCCACAGACCAGACCCUGGCGUCGGACACUGACAGCAGCUUGGAAGCUUCUGCGGGACCCCUCGGUUGUUGCAGGUGA